CUGGGGAAAUCAGUGGUSGCCAAGGUGGCGAUCCCCAAAGGCACGGUGCUUGGYAUGGACAUGCUGGGGGUGAAGGUGGGCGAGCCGAAGGGCGUUCCGCCCGAGGACAUCUUCCAGCUGGUGGGCAAGUCCGUCACAGAGGACGUGGAGGAGGACGAGAGCAUCACCCCGGAUGUGGUCGACAGCUACGGCAAAAAGAUCAAGUGCCGAGUGGAGUAAUCACCCUUGUAAUAGCCUACUGUAACCAUGGUAAUACCGUAACCACAAUGCCAAACAACACAAUGCACUUUUACAGGCUGUGAAAAGAUGGUUGUGGGAACAUCGAUAAUCCAGAUAAUAUUUAGAGGCCCAGGAGUUUCAGUUAAGGGGACAUGCUUUAUAUUUCUGGUUCCAUGUUUUUUUACUAGAUGGAAGCAAACAUUCAAUGAAUCAGACUUGACUACAAGUGCCUUGUUAAGAAGAAAAUACAAACUGUAGGUUCAGUAGUGACUGAAAUGAUUGCAUUCUAAUUGAAUGUUUAACUGUUCAUGUAUAAAGGAAAKGGCCAGUUAUGUUAAGUUGCACUACAAAAAUGUCAAAUACAAAAUGCCAAACAUUAA